GUUAGAUUCAGUCAUCAGUUUACGGACAACUGUCACCAUCAAAGCUUCCAAAUAGUAUCUGAUUCACUAUGAAGUGGUUCAAUUUGUUUUUAGUACUCGGUCUUUUGGCGCUGGUCGGCAGCAUUGGAACUUUGACAGCCGCCGAGCCUGUUCCACAACCGGGACCAGAGCCCAAGGGACGCCCGCACACAACUCGUCGACCAAGGAAUGAGAACGACGAGAAUCGGCGCUAGCAGCCCAAUCUUAUAAGAUGCACCAAACAGCAACGGAUUCGUGAUGCACAAACAGAAAAUAUUUUGGUUACGGUGAAAUGCUUUGGAUUCGAACAGUUGCAAUUUAUUGAAGUUUUACUCUUGUAAUAUUAUAAACGAACCAAUUAAUGUGCCAACAUUUAAUUGUUUACGUGU